AUGAUGUGGUUUAAGGAGAACAUUCCUCAACAUAAGACCUCAUUAACUGUUGAUGAUCUGCGUCUGCUUAUUGUCAGGUACCUACACCGAUUUGACCUUGAGAAUAAGAGCGAGAAAAAGGAAGCCGAAAACUGUUCGAUUUCGAUGGCGAUCGACAUGACCAACGAGCUCGCAAAGCAGGAAGUCCAAGAGUUCGCUACAAUUGGACUACUGGUGCCCAAUCUCACGUCGAAGGAGAAUUUGGCAAAGUUCAUGAAGUGGAAUGGUGAAAUCGAUAAGAUGGUAGCUUUUCCCAUGGUCCGCAUUAAAAAAAGUACGAAGUAA